AUGUCUGACCCCAAGCCCUAUCGCAAGCGAACCAACAGCUUCAUUGCCUCGACCUCCCAGGAUCAUCUCGAUCUUGGAGGCAAGAUUGCCUGGCUCGCUUCUCUUGACACUGCCUACCGCCCUGAGAGGAACUACCGUCGUAGCUCCAUCAUCUGCACCAUCGGCCCCAAGACCAACUCUGUUGAGGCCAUCAACAAGCUGCGAAGCGCUGGUCUCAAUGUUGUCCGCAUGAACUUUUCUCACGGCUCAUACGAGUACCACCAGUCCGUCAUUGACAAUGCCCGUGCUGCUGAGGCCAGCCAGGUCGGCCGUCCCGUGGCCAUCGCCCUCGACACCAAGGGCCCAGAGAUCCGAACUGGUAACACCGACGGCGACGUCGAUAUCCCCAUCUCCGCUGGCAAGAUUAUCAACUUCACUACCGAUGAGAAGUACGCCAAGGCCUGCGACACUGACAACAUGUACGUCGACUACAAGAACAUCACCAAGGUGAUCCAGCCCGGCCGAAUCAUCUACGUCGACGAUGGUGUCCUCGCUUUCGACGUCCUCAGCAUCAAGGACGACCAGACCAUCGAGGCCCGUGCCCGCAACAACGGCUUCAUCUCCUCCAAGAAGGGUGUCAACCUACCCAACACCGAUGUCGACCUUCCCGCUCUCUCCGAGAAGGACAAGGCCGACCUUCUCUUCGGUGUCAAGAACAACGUCGACAUGGUGUUUGCUUCUUUCAUUCGCCGUGCUCAGGACAUCAGAGAUAUCCGCAAGGUCCUCGGUGACGAUGGCAAGCACAUCCAGAUCAUUGCCAAGAUUGAGAACCGUCAGGGUCUUAACAACUUCCCCGAGAUUCUCGCCGAGACCGACGGUGUCAUGGUUGCCCGUGGUGACCUUGGUAUUGAGAUUCCCGCUGCUGAGGUCUUCGCUGCCCAGAAGAAGCUGAUUGCCAUGUGCAACCUGGCUGGCAAGCCUGUCAUCUGCGCUACCCAGAUGCUCGAGUCUAUGAUCAAGAACCCCCGCCCUACCCGUGCCGAGAUCAGCGAUGUCGGCAACGCUGUCACCGAUGGUGCUGACUGCGUCAUGCUUUCUGGUGAGACCGCCAAGGGUUCCUACCCUGCUGAGGCCGUCCACGAGAUGCACGAGGCCUGUCUCAAGGCCGAGAACACAAUCCCCUACGUCUCCCACUUCGAGGAGUUGUGCACCCUCGUCAAGCGCCCUGUUAGCACUGUCGAGUCUGUGGCCAUGGCUGCUGUCCGUGCCUCGCUCGAUCUUGCCGCUGGUGGUAUCAUUGUUCUGUCCACCUCCGGCGAGUCUGCUCGCUUCAUCUCCAAGUACCGACCUGUCUGCCCCAUCUUCAUGGUCACCCGUAACCCCAGCGCCUCCCGCUUCAGCCAUCUGUCACGUGGCGUCUACCCCUUCCUGUUCCCCGAGUCCAAGCCCGAUUUCAGCCAGGUCAACUGGCAGGAGGAUGUUGACAAGCGCAUCAAGUGGUGCAUUGAGCGUGCUCUUGAGCUCAACACCCUGACCGUCGGCGAUACCGUCGUCGUCGUCCAGGGCUGGAAGGGCGGCAUGGGUAACACCAACACCCUCCGCAUCGUCCGCGCCGACCCCGAGCACCUUGGUGUUGGGCAGCUGUAA